AUGCGCGCGUCUCGCUCUGGUGUGCCAGGAAGUGCGAGCUUCGCAUUCCUGGCGGUGCUGCUACUUUGCACACUCGUUCAGUAUACUUCUGCGGCUAUUGGCUGGACGCAAAAGUCGCUCGUCAAGACGGUCGAGCUCGGCGGCUCGCUCGUGCAGCUGCACUGGGACAUUACCGCCACGGCGACCGGCGAUGAGCCCGAGUUUGCGACGCAGGACGAUGUGCCCCUUCUGGUGUACCUGUCGCAGGCAGAGGACAAGGGCCUGUCCUAUAUCCGUGGCUCGGUUAGCGCCUCGGCGAACAAAAAGGAGAGCGUCCGUGUGAACGUCGAGCGCGCCGAGCUGCUCGAGAGCGACCCCCAGACGGUAGUGUACGCUGCGAUGAUCCCUCGCAAAUUUGUCGAUCAGGCCAAGCAGCUGCGCCUGCGCGUUUUUGGCGCUGUUGCGCACGAGCCUGAGCCCCUGCCCAAGUCCGUCGGCCAGGCCGAGCGCCAGUUCCUCGUGUGGACCGGUGAUGUGGGGCUGCGUACGCCGUACGAGACGGCGUCGGGCGAGGUGAUUGUCAAGCCGCCGUUCCCCAACGUGCUGUCGUACGAGCCCAAGGACAAGGCGAGGCAGUCCGGCCAGUCGAUUACCUACGGCCCCUACACCAACGUCCCUGCGCACGCCGGCUCCGCUCCAAUCCCGCAGGGCCGCGUGCACUACGAGUACAGUCGCCCGGUGAUCUCGUUUGUGGACUUUAACCGCCACGUCGAGAUCAGUCACUGGGGCGACAACAUGGCGACCUCCGACACGAUCUGGAUGCGCAACGACGGUGCGAAGCUCAAGGGACACUUCAACCGUGCCUCGCACAUGAUCAACAUGUGGUCGAACCCCACCGUCGAGGUCGCGAGCCAGAUCCACUCGGUGCCGGUCAUGCUGCCUCCGGCGGCGACUGACGUGUACUAUGUCGAUGCGACGGGCAACGUCUCGACGUCGGUCAUGGCGCCUAUCCCUCCGGGCCUGCCGGUGCCCCGCCGCCUCGAGCUCCAGCCGCGUUUCCCGAUCGUCGGCGGAUGGAACUACACCUUUACCGUCGGCUGGAACCAGCGCAUGAGCGAGGCGGGCUUGGCCAAGCGCCUGCCCGGCACGAAUCGCUACCGCGUCGCUGUGCCCUUCCUGACGGCGCCGAGCAGUGUCGCGAUCGACCAUGCGACGGUGCGCAUUGUCCUGCCGGAAGGCGCGUCGGACAUUGACGUCACGCUGCCGUUCGAUGUCGACAUGGAGCGUAUCGUGACCUACCCUAGUUACCUCGACACGGUCGGCCGCCCGUCGGUGGUGCUCGAGCGUGCGAAGUGCACCUCGAAGCUCAACAGUCUCGUGUACGUCGACUACACUCUCUCGCCGCUGUCGCACGCACGCAAGAUCCUUGCGGUCGCGACAGCCGUAGCGGUGAUCUUCUUUGUGGCCGCUUAG